AGUAACCGUACUUCUAUUUCCAUUCCCAUAUUAUUUAAGUAGAGCCCGCAUAGAAAUUUCUUAGGCAUCCUCUGUCUCUCCGCGCACUUCUUGGGGUACCUUUGAAUGCUGUCAUGGCGUCUCUCUUUGCAUUUCUACGGGUUAUAUCAUUGUUAAAAGCUGUGUGGACUGCCUACUCAGCUUUCUAUUUAUUUCGCAAUUACCUUGCGGCUCGUAAGAUCGGUCUGCCCAUCCGUAUUAUCCCCAUUAGUCACACCAAUCCCUUUUGGAUGCUUGUGGAUCGGCACUUUAUCUCUUUUAUCAGGCAACUACCAUUCGGACAUAAUAGCUUUACCAGAUACAACUAUCGGGGCUGGGAAUUAGCGGAUAGGUACUUUUCACAUCAUGAGUUAGGAGAUGCCUUUAUUGUAGUCACUCCUGGUAGGAACUGGCUCUACAUCGCCAACCCCGAUACUAUAGUUGAAGUUUUCCGACGCAGGACCGAUUUCCCGCGUUGUCUUGAGCUCACAGAGAUCCUUAAUGUCUUUGGCCCCAACAUGUCCACAGUGGACGGGUUACAAUGGAAGAAACAGCGCAAAAUGACAGCAACUUGUUUCAACGAGCAGAACAAUGAGAUUGUGUGGUCCGAGACUCUCGGUCUAGCAAAUGACAUGAUUAAUUAUUGGUCCUCGAAAGCCUUACUCAAAACUGUUGCACACGAUACUCGUACACUAUCCUUACAUGUACUAUCUAAAGCCGGCUUCGGCAAAUCGUUCAAAUUUGAAGGUCAUGACGAAAGAAAAGAAAGUAGUCCCUCGACAAGUUACAAGGACUCGCUGCAAACGAUCCUAGAGAACUGUGUUCUUAUCAUGGCGCUCGGAACCAAAUUUCUAGAAAAUCCAUGGCUUCCGCAGGGUCUUAGAAGGCUCAACGAAGCAUGCAACGCCUUUCAGAAAUACAUGACAGACCUUUAUGAAGAAGAAAAGCAAGCGUUCGCCGAGGGGCGGACUUCCGGCCGAAACCUGAUGUCUUCAUUAGUGCGUGCCUCUCAAGACGAAGCCAAGACAGGCGUAGGCCUUACCGAGAACGAGAUCUACGGCAACAUGUUCGUUUUCAAUUUUGCGGGUCACGAUACUACAGCGCACACUUUCACUUUUGCGCUGUAUUUUCUCGCCGCUAAUCCUCAGGCGCAGGACUGGAUUUAUGAGGAGUUAUGUCAAGUGCUUGGUGACCGCCAACCAGAUGAAUGGAAUUAUGGUGUCGAAUUCCCUCGACUUAAGCGCUGCUUGUCUAUCAUGCUUGAAACAGUGCGUCUUUACACGCCCGUUCCUGUGGCUAAGUGGACAGAUACGCGGACUCAAUCUUUGAAUGUCGGUGCUAAGACUGUUGUGCUCCCACCGGAUACCAUGGUCAUACCCAGCUAUGCUUCAGUACAGACGGACCCCAAAUAUUGGGGUUCCGAAACGCUCACUUGGUCGCCUUCAAGAUGGAUCAAGACUAGCAACUCGACAACUGCGAACUUAGAAGAUGAGGAACUCAUCACUCCUCAGCAUGGUACUUUUAUCGGAUGGUCUGAAGGGUCACGCGAUUGUCCGGGAAGGAAGUUCUCGCAAGUUGAAUUUGUAGGAACCAUGGCAGUGUUGUUCCGCGACUGGAAAGUUGACCCUGUGACUCAAAGUGGAGAGACCAUUGAGACUGCUCGCGAAAGGGUUUUACGUCUCAUAAAAAGUGAUUCGGCGCCAGUCUUGCUUCUGCAAAUGCUUCACCCAGAGAGAGCGCCAUUGGUUUGGAAGCGAAGAUAGGUAAAUUCAGCAGUAUCGUCUUCGAGCUAC